AUGGAAGGGACAAAGGUGAUUCACCUUAUCCGGCCCCCACCUGUGCAGGCCCAGGGGGGCGCGCAACCAGGUUCACAGGGGCCUAUCUGUGGUCUUGACAGGCUCCCCAGGGCAGGUCACAGCUUUCGAGAUAUCGUACCUGUUACGUCUCAUCACUCCCCGCCACUCUCCAGAUCCGGUGAUACCAGAUUAACUGGGCGGCGGAUAAUCCAUCAAGAUAGCAUCAGCACGUUUAAUAAGCCGUCAGACCCGCCAAUUGGCGGGAAGCUGCAAGUAUCUGGAAAAACCAUAUCCAGACUCUUCACUGGCGAGCCAGAGUACAGGGCCGGAAAGAAGUGUUCUGCCCAAGGCGAAACUAUAGGCAACAUACAGGCUGAGUGUAACUAUGCAAUGCCGCGCCGUCAUCGCCCCACAGCUGAGGAAUGUUCCGGGCGCGCAGGAACAACUAGUGAGUACAUGAUGCAUAAUCAGACAGGCAUCAAAACCUUCGAGCAGAAGUCUGGAGAAGAGGCAGUAAUGUGUUCUAGUAAGCGCCAUUACGCUUCGGCAGCGCCAUCGGCCACAGACGCGAUGAUACCGCAUAAGAAGAUAGCCCCAUUCCAGCGUUCUGAUCCGUUUGGAUCUUCUGGAUACCCUGAAGAUAUGCGAGGACCAAGGCCACGCCAUAAUACUGGCCCAAGCGUAGAAGAAAUCUUUAAGCCCAGUUUGAAUGUGAACACGGCGAAGUUCUCCAGCGACAAGGCAAGUAUCUUACAUACUGCGCCCCCAACAAGGUUCGACAUUACGGGACCGAUUGCUAUCGAUGCACGUAAGCAAACACAGAGCACAGCAGCUAUGAUGGCUGAAUACCAUGCAACACGGCAAGCCGCAGCCAACUUGAAGGCACGGGAGUACGUCGAGACCAGUUGUUAUUGA